AUGAAACCUUCAUUUUGUAGUAUUCUGAAUAAUGUUGGUAGAAAAUUAAAAAUUCAUAUCACUCUUUAUUUGUUGUUGUUUUGUAUACACUUACAUUUGCACAAGACAGAUAAAACAGUGAUAGUUAAGUUUAUUAACAAGAAUUUAUUUAUACAUCCAAAUAGCAGAUAUUCCUCCACUUUUAAGAAAAAUUUUAUUUUUAAAAGGCUGAAGGAUGAUGGUAAAAUAAAAAUGCAUGAAAAGGGAAACCCUCCUGGAAGUACUGAGGCCCCAGGUGCGGCUCUAAAUGUUCCCCUAAGAGUUAGGUCAAGGGCUGCAUUAUGUGCUUCUCGAAGUAACUGCACAACUAAUUCAUCAAGUACGUCCUCUAGCACGGAUUUAAAGGCUGUUGCCAAGGCGUAUCUUAGCCCGGAUGGGGAGGGGGAAGCGGAAAAAGAGGAAUAUUCAGAGGAGGAUGGUAAGGACGACGCCCUUACUGAUAUGAAUAAUAGCCCGGGUGGAGGGAAGGGAGAAGAUAAAUUUUCCGAAGUAGCAGAAAUAAACAAAAACAUUGUACAGUUUUUAGAAAACAAAGGAAUAAAAUAUAUGACGAAAAUUCAAGCGCAGAGUUUUAAGCCCAUAUAUGAGGGAAGGGACAUAAUUGGAAGAUCCGAAACAGGAUCAGGAAAAACGCUAGCCUUUGCCUUACCAUUAGUUGAAAAGUUAUAUAAAUUGAAAGGAGGGAAUAAUGGAAUGGCUGAACUGCAUGGCCGGUAUAAGGACUCAUAUAGAGUAGAGCAAUCAAAUGAGAACGGGAGCGGGAGCGGGAACAAGAACUACAGUGCGAAUGAAAAGUACAGUGCGAAUGAAAAGUACAGUGCGAAUGAAAAGUACAGUGCGAAUGAGAACUAUAGUGCGAGUGAGAAUAAGAACCCAUAUAUACUGGUUCUAGAACCCACCAGAGAGUUGUCAAAACAAGUUGAAAAUACGUUUAAGGAGAUUUCCCAGUUUUAUAAUUUUAAUAUUAUGUCCAUAUAUGGUGGUGAAAAUUAUACGUAUCAAGAAAAUAAAUUAAGAAGAGGAGUAGAAAUAUUGACGGGUACUCCUGGACGUAUUAUUGAUCAUAUAGAAAGAAAAAAUUUAUCUUUAGAAAAUAUAAAAUAUCUUGUACUAGAUGAAGCAGAUGAGAUGUUGAACUUAGGUUUUACACAUGACAUAGAAAGAAUAUUAAGUACAAUAAAUUUAAAAAGUGCUCAAGUAUUACUAUACUCAGCAACAACACCUUCAUGGAUUAAAGAUGUUUCUUCAAAAUAUUUGAAGAACCCAUUUUUUAUAGAUGUAGUGGAUUCAUCAAAUAAGACAUCUAAAAAUAUUAAACACAUUGCUAUAAAAACACCAUAUGAUAUAAAAGAAAAAGCAUUAUUACUAGAAGAUAUUAUACUUGUUAAAUCUAAUGGAGGACAAGUCAUCAUAUUCACCAGGACUAAGUUAGAAGCAGACAUCUUAUGUUCAGAAGGAUCAUUUAAAUCUCUAUCCUUUGCCGUUUUACAUGGAAAUAUAGCUCAGACAACAAGAGAACAUACUAUGCAAAGAUUUAGACAAGGUAUGUUUCAAAUUUUAAUUGCUACUGAUAUUGCAUCAAGGGGGUUAGAUAUAAGUAACGUCGAUUUAGUUAUUCAAUGUUUUCCACCAAAUUAUUCUGCUAUAUAUAUACAUAGAGCUGGAAGAACUGGAAGAGCAAAUAAAAAAGGUAUAUCUGUUGUUUUAUAUUCAAAUGAAGAUAAACAAGAUUUAUUAAAAAUUGAGAAAAGUUGUGGUAUUAAUUUUAUAGUAGAACAACUUCCAAAGAACGAGGAUGUUUUCCUUUCUGCAUCAACUAUAGCAUCAAAAAAAAUUGAAAAUGUAAACACAGAUGUAUUACCAUUUUUUCAUCAAACAGCUCAUGAAUUAAUACAUAGAUGUAAUUCUUUACAUAUAGAUCAAAUAGAAUUAAUAGCUAGAUGUCUAGCCAUUAUUUCAAAAAAAGAACAUAUAAAAAAAAGAUCAUUAAUAAAUGGAUUAUCUGAAACAGUUACAUUAACAUUUGUCAAUAAAAAUAGAAAAUGGAAAAAUGAAGACGAUAUUAUCUAUUGGAUAAAUAAAAUUUCUAAUGAACUAAAUGUUAAUACAUUUAAUAAAAUUUUACAAGUUAAGAUUGACAAUAAAGAUAGAUCUUCAUCCUAUUUUGAUCUCAAUGAAAAUUUAGCAGAAUUAUUUCUUCAAAAUUUUAAAAAUAUGUCCAAAUUGGAGCAUCGAAAAAUGUUCGAUUUGGCCAUUACGCAAAAUUUACCUGAACAUGUUAAUGUAACUUCUGAUUUUACACCCUCCACCAGAUAUCAGCACAGGAGAAGAAACUACUCCUAUAGAAGGAGGUCCUCCUACUACUGA